AUGCUGCUCCUUGUGCCGCCGGGGACAGGCACAUCUCCCGCCCUGCUGUCCCCCAGAGCUCGGUCGGAAGGCGGACGCUCCCCACCUCCUCCUCCUGCUGCUCCCGCGGCUCCGGCCGCCGCUGCACCCGAGCGACACCGGCCCAAGCGCCGAGCCGCUGGGCUGGGCUGGACUGCGCCUCCCUCGCCACGCCUGGUCCCCCGCGCCCGCGCCGCUGCCGAGCCCGCUCAGGUAGCCCGCAAGGAGAGGGACGCACGGACGCGGGGGUGCGGGGGGAUUAUUAAUAUGUCAGUGCACCGGGUGGAGCAGAGAGGACCCGCGGCGGCGGCGGCGGAGGAGGAGGAGGAAACCGAGGAGGAAGAGGAGGAGGCGGCCCCGACGUGCGUGUCAAGCCGAGGGGGAGGAGUGCAGGCAGUGGCCGGUGGGCAUAGAAGGGAUUCAGGCUUGGGAAGGCCAUGCCAGCAAAAAACAAGUCUUGGCAGAUCUUGGGAAGCUAUAAAAGCUUUGAAUGUGGACCCAGUGAUGUGUGCUGUGGUGUUCAAAGACCAGCAUAGAUAAUCAAGGUGAGUCCAUCAGCAUUUAUGGAGUGUUUACUACAGGCCAUACACCACGAGACUUAUAGUUCACCACAAACUACUGAAUUGUUUGACUGCCGAAG